GCUGAUGUUUUCUCAAAGGAAAUAUUUGUGCUUCCUAACUUCUACAUCUAGUUCCUAGAAGGAACCUUUUAGGGGUUGGAAUGGCCUUAAAGAUGGCGCACCUUGGUCGAUUUCCGGGUCAGGAGCAAGUAAACGAUAAAGAGGAGAAAAAUAACCGCUUGGAAUGAGCCCAUUAGUUGUGGGUGAAAGAAACUGUAGGAACCCAGCUUGCUGCUGCUGUCAGAUCGUUAUGGUGCAAUAACUAGCUAACGUUAACUAUGUGGUUAGAAAGCUAGCUAGCUAAGAUUUCAUCACAGCAUGCGCGUUGGCUGGUUAAAUCAGUGCAUUUCUAUACAUGAACUAGAUUUACAAUUUUAUCCUCCUGUAACCGCUAACAUGAUGAUUCGAAAAGUGAUGAGGCUGCAUCUCUCCCAGAGCCUCCACGGAUCAUGUCACUGAUCCUGUUUGCUUUUGUUGCUCGGGUCAGGGAUGGGCUCCCUCUCUCUGCUUCCACAGACUUUGAGCAUAACAAGGAGUUGCAGGAGCGCAAGCAGCAACUGAAGACCAUAUCUAAAGCUCUGGCCCUUUUCCCUCCAAGAGGGACAGUCAAGGGCCGUGAGCUUAACAUAUACUUUAUCUCCUCAGAUGGUGUCUCGUAUAUGGCCGUUUGCUCCUGUAGGCUCCCCACCGCCAUGGCCUUCUGCUUCCUGGAGGAUCUCAGAUGGGAGUUCACAGCAUGCUUUGACAGCACCACAGUUUCUUUGGCAAAUAGGCCAUAUCCAUUUCUGGAAUUUGACAGCGUCAUUCAGAAGGUGAAGCACCGCUACAGUCAGAGCGGGAGUCCCUCUCUAGGGAGCAGUUUGGCAAAGCUUCAGGAGGAGCUGAGGACAAAGCCCCCACCAAUACUGAACUUGGAGGACUUGGAGCUGAGCAAUGGAACAGCCAAUGGGCAUGCAGAGUCCACGGCAGGAUCUGGCCCCAAUCAGCGACUAGAGCCGGUGACCGCUCCGGGGAUCCUCUCCCUGGUCCUCAACAUCAUGUGCGCAGCUCUGAACCUCAUUCGAGGGGUGCACCUCAUCGAAUACUCCUUCCAUGAUGAUUAUGAAGGGAUAUGGAAUGUCAUCGCAUUUCUCUUAGCAUUUGUGUGCUGUCUUUGCCAGUGCUACCUGUAUGUGUUCUACACAUCCUUUAAGAAGCUGAAGUCCUUCGCCCUGUUGACCCUCAUCGUCCUAUGCAACAUGUUUCUGUACGGCCUGAGGAACAGUUGGCAGCUUGCCUUCCAUAUUGCGGUGGCGUCCACCUCCACUUGCCUCAUUCUCUCCCGAAAACUCCAGGAGAGGACAGCGGACUGUGGAGUCUGAGAGCCCUGCUGCUUUGAGCUCUGAGUCUGUGUGGAAACUCACCAGUAAGAAAGUUGAAUGUGGUAACCGAACAAAUAACUUAUUAUGCUUUACUAAUUGUAUUUAUUUUGAUUUAACUGUCUGUAUGAUAAUUUGCGCUCUGUUUGCAAUGCACACUAUACACUUAGUGUAUGAUAUUUGAGUGUAUGAGAAAGGAAAUGGUGGCAUGUAGUGAAGUACUGGGGGUUUCCUCUUCAUAAGCCAAAAACAGGGUAAUAAGUAACUUAAAAACAGUUGUUGGUGAAGUGUGUGUUUUGCCACCACUGUGAAAUGAAGGAUGACUGGUCAGCAUAAACAGUACAUAAUUAAGUACGUAGUUAGUAUCUUAUGGAUAUGUCAGAUUUGAUUAUAUCUAGAACAUAUCUAAAUUAUUAUGCAACCCUCAAUAAUUCAAUAAUGGAAACCUAAUAAAGUGACUGUAAAGGGGCUGGAAAUAAUUGAAAUAACCAUAAAUUCACAAUUAGGGUGCAUCUACAUAACCACCAAAUAUCAAGUCAAAGUCAUGUCAAUAAAUAUAACAACGCACAUUUCAGACAUUUAACUCUUAAGUCCCUAGCCUAGCCCAAUACGAAGUGGCUCGACCUAAAUUCUGACUGCCUGGCUUUGGUUGAGAAAAAUGUGAAAGUUCAAGAAAAUUUAGUAGGGUUUUAAUAGGGGUUAAAAUCUAUAGUAUAGCGGCCAUUUUGAUUGAUUGAAAUGGUGUAAGGUCGAGAGGGUUCUCAGGAUUGAGUCGUCUGGCUCUGUUGGUUAGCUUUAAAUGUAAGCAACAUUUAAGGAAGGAUUCCUUAUUUGUUGUAUAGACGACAUUGUAUUUUACUUAAUUUGGAAAUGAUCAACAAUGGUUUAAAAUAAAUAAUCUAAAAUAAAUAACCUGUCCUAAAGCUUAAAUUCAAAGCCAGCCCACAAUGCUGAAUGAAAUGCGGCCUAGCUGAACGUGAUUCCCACUAGUUAUUUAUUCAAAAUGAUCUUGUUUGGUUAUAGUGUUUUCCCCACAAUAGUCAGUGGUAUACCUUCUUUGUGUUUUAUUUCACUCAGAUAAAGACUUAAAAUGAAACUCAAAUUCAGAGGAAAAAUAUGGAUCAAUAAAUCAAAAUCAAAAUAUUUUAAAUACGUUUUUACAUUUCCUCCUAUCUGUACAUGUGGUACAAACUGGUUGCUAGUAGUGAUGAUAGAGAUACUAAGGACAAUAGAAAGUAAAAUAUUAAGAACACUUCAUUCGAACUCCGGGAGUAAAAAAGGACUAGCAACUACGUGAUAUACUUUGAUGAUGAAAUUAUAUAUAUUAUAUACUAAAAGUAUAGCAUGUAUUGCAAUUUUCAGCAUUGCACUUAUUUCAGAUGCACUUAUUCUCAGUUUACAGAGUAUACCUGUGUGUUGACAUGUUAUUCAUAGCUUACUAUUAUUCCAGUAACGAUUAGUAAAAGUUUGUAUGCUACUGAAUGUAUGGCUGUGGCUAUAGGAAGCUACGCUACAUAGACUACUGCUAUAUAUACACGUUACAGUGACCGUGGUAGUGCACACACCUAGAAGAUGCAGCAGUGAUCAGUCCCUAUCAGGCAUCUGUAGCUGUUGUUUAGUAGAAGUAUAUGGAACUCAAUUUAUAGCAAUGAUAUCCUGAUAGUUUAUAAUGAGGAUGAAUUUUUAUAUAGGUACUGUAUGUCUUACGCGUUUGAUAAGAAUUUGGACCAAUUGGGUUCACCAUGUAUUGUUCAGUGCGUCAACUAAUGUUUCAGUCAUUUUUGAUACUUGGCCUGUACUAAGAGUGAUCAAAUACAUUUGGUGUUUACAAAUGUGAUGAAUGCAUUGUCAAUAAUCAAUGUGGUCACUAAUUAGUUGAAUAGUUAAUGAAAUGAACAUCUCAUUACAAAGACGGCUAACAGUCUUCAUGAAGUCAAUAACAAAGCAUCUUUCUAGUAGAUGGCUGCAUCAUUGCACAUUGUUUUCGUAACGUAAAGAAAUUAGGAAAAUGACUUCGCAAAAUGGUCCACAAAAAAACUGAAACAUUCAUUUGGUGCUAUAUGAUGGGACAACCUAGUGGUUGCUGUAAUUGCAGGAUUGGAAUGCACUGAUGUAAGAAAUUAAUUAUUUGUUUGCUAAUUGUUGUAAUGUCUUAUUAAUAUUAUGUUAUUUCUCAUAGAAGGUAUUUUAUAAGUGGGGAAAGAAUACAUUUAUGAAUGAUUUCAUGUUUGUUCAGGUUAGACCAGGUAGAGGCAAACAUAAAUUCAAGGGCUCUGUUCAUAUCAAAAUAGAUUAAGAAAUUGUAUAUAUUUUUACAAGAGGAAUUUAGAUGAAUCUGGAUGUAAAAUGUGAAAUGCCUUUGUUAAUUCGGUGUUGAUUGAAUAAGAGUGAAUCGUAUAGAAAACUAUCUUGAAUAACUUUCUAGACGGUACUUGGAUGUAGCACUGGGAAAAUACAUUUUGUUAAAUCAAUAUUGAGCUAAAUAAUGGGUUGAUUGGAUAUUUAAAUAAACUUUACAUGCUGCAAGUGAACAAAAAAUGAAUGCCUUGGAAAAUGAGGAGGAGAACAGGUAUAUGCAAUAUAGAGGCUACCACACAGGUACAACUCGACCAUAGGCAGCAUUAAAUGGGCAACAUCAGUAUACUGUAUAUGCUGUAUGUUGGAUGGACCUAGUUGCCUAUACUUGUAUGUAGAAUGGAUGCAGAGAGAUCUCAGCAGCUCCUCAUUGAUCCGGACAGCUGAACUUUUUCACAGUCAAGUCUAGGGUGAUGCUUACAUGAAACUCCAACUGAAAGGAAUGAUCAGCAAAUGGCAGCAAUUGAUGAAAUCACAAAAGCCAGGUUGGUGUGUCCAUGCAUUCAAGUCCUAGCCAAAACGGGCAAGUUAUCAUUGUUCAGAUGACUGCAAAGUCCGACCUGGCACUGUAAAGUCAUUACAUUAGUGUCUUGUUCACUACCUGUACAGUUUUCAUACCGAAAAUUAGUCAUACAGAAUCUUGUAAUAAUUGUGUCCAAUUAUUUACAGCACUGUUGGACUUAUAAAUCAGUGUAGUGAAUUUCUUUAGGUUAUUGUACAGCAAUUGCACAAAUAUGUAGGCAGAGUAGUUGUGCAGGGUACAAUAACAAGAUAUUUCACACUGUGUGCACUAUUUGGGCUGUAAAAUUGCAUUUUAAACCCAUGUUUAGUUUUGAAUUCAAAUCACAUUGACUAGGAAUUCAAGCGACAGUGUUAAAACAUGCUCUUCUGUAAAUACGAAUGGCUUUAAAGCAAUGCACUUGUUUUUUUAAAUGUACAUCUACCUUUUUUAAGAUUGACAGCCAAACUGUAUCUUGGAAUGAAUAGACUGUCCUUAAAAUCAUUCAGGAUUCCUUUUGAAAUUCUUUCAAGAGGGAGUUCAGGCAGGAUUGCUCCCUUGUGGAGCAGGUAUUGUUUGUUGCCAUUUUUCUAGAAACUUUUAAAAUGUAACCCUUGCUGCCACAUCUCAGCGUUGCCCCUGUGUAGUGUUGCUGUUGAAGUACUAAUUACACCGGCUCUCAAAGGGUUCAGUUCACAUGAAUGCUGUUUGAAACUGAUAUAUUCCUGGCUGCGAUGCCCCUGCAGACGCAAUAUGCCCGGUCACAUAGUGUCUUGAUUUAGUACCAGCUAUCUCCCACUCGGCCAUUUUGUUUUGAAUGAAACACGUCCUGUCUUAAUCAGCACAUAAUUAGCCAGUUCUGUAGGCACAGACAUGUUUGUUAUCUGGGUCAGUCAACAGGGGGUCCCGAUGAUUGACAGCAUUCGCCUGUGUUUCCUUCAAGCAUUUUAGUCUCCUGAUUGAGGUCACCCUCAUGUCGAUCAGAGGUUUAAUCCCCUGUCACUUUGACAAGUGUUAUUCAUAUGCAGGCAGCUGCAAAAUGUGAUGGCAGAGUAGUGGUCUGCAGGAUAGUUCACUGGUGUAGUAGACAGAACUCCUGAUAGACCAAAUUGCAAAUGUGACAAUCUGAUUGAAGAGCUGCCGAUUUCCGAUAAAACUUCUGCUCCCUACUUGCUGUACAAAUAGUGACAAACCUCUAUUGUCCAGCAAACUAUUGGCAAAGUCUUAAUACAACUACCAGUGCACACCGAAGUCUUAAUACAAGUAACAGUGAACACAUUACUCACAUGGGAAGGCUUUUGUAUACUGAACACAUUUUAUGCACACAAAAAAAGCAUUGUAACAAAAAUAGGCUAACUGGGAUGUUCGCUGAGACUUGAGGGUGAAUUCCAAAAUGUAAGCUCAGAUACUGCAUGCUGAUUGAUUAAAUCAUGCACUUGCUGUAAUUUAAUCAUUAGUUAAAUUUAGAGAUGCUACACAUGGAGACACUAACUGUUGGACUCUUCACUCCACUAGUUUUCCAAGGUUUUUGUAUUUAUUGAAAGUGGAAUUCACAGUGACAUAAUUGACAUAAAAUCACUGAUGUUGGUUGGAAAUUCUGAAAUUGAGUGACAGCUAGCAUGUUCUAGUAAAUGAGCCUGAACUUACUGAGUCGGUAAUGCUGAUGUUUGUAUUGUUUUCAAUGACACAUUUAUAAAUCUUUGUAAAUGUCGUGUUCAAAGAACCCACUAACAUUUUCCUCAGCCAUACUGCAUACCAAGGAAACCUGGAUGUACUGGAAAGGGGACUUACGGCAACCUUUCCCUGGUAGUCUUUUACAAUACGAUUUGGGGAAUUAAUAAUUUCACCUACUUAGAGUAUGUGCAAAUCUGCCACUGACAUGGGCACAAUCAUUGGUGGGGAUCAUUAAGGGUUGGUCGAACUUCACAAUUUGUUGGUCAGUCUCAUUGUCCAUUAAAAUAAAUUAAAAUAACCAGAAGAGAAAUUGCACUAUACUAGCAGGAACUAAUUGGUAAGCAAAGCAAACUGUCUGCUGUAAAUCUGUUUUACUGCCUGCUGUAAAUCUGGUCAGAUAUUCCUGACGAGCUAUCUGGUUGUAAAGGUUCAGCUGUGAAGACUCCGAUACAUUUAUCUUUCUUGGGGGAUCUGGUUGUCAUUUUAUAUUUUAUUUAUAUGGUUAUUAUACUGCCAAAAACAGAGACAUUGACAGUUAUUACAGCUUUAAGCAUUGCCUGUCUGAUACAUGUCACUAAAUAAAGCAUUUGUUUUGCAAA